AUGAAGUUCUCGGUGGCAACAGCAAUGGUAUUGGGCAUGGCGCCCCUGGCGAUGGGAAAGGCUGUCCAUAACCUCUACCCCGGCCGGCGAAGCAUGCACGCGCAGGAAGUGUCAGUCAACAAAGUCAGCACAAACAGCGUCAAGGCGUCCCAGGAACAACUCGCCGAGCUUCAGCGCUUGAUCGGUCUGCAGACGGGCCAAGGGACAACGAUCAACUUCCUCUGGGUCAACCUCGGUGGCGGCGCGGCUACAACCGUCGUUGGUUCCGCCUCGACCGUUACCGUCACGCAGACCGUCGUCGGCGGUGAGGCUACUGCUCCGCCAGCCGUCACCACGGGCGAGGCCGCCACAACGACUGCCGCAGCACCAGCGACCGGGACUACGGUUGUUGCCGGCGGUGCCACGCACAGCGUCACCGUCGGCGGACCCCAGGGCCUAGCAUUCGACCCGCCGCAGCUCUCAGCCAACCCCGGCGACACUGUCAUCUUCACCUUCCUUAGCCAGAACCACACGGCCACGCAGUCCACCUUCGACAAGCCCUGCGAGCCGCUAACUGGAGGCAUGGAUUCCGGUUUCCAGGCCAACCCGAACAACACUAUCAACCCCCCGCCGCAGGUCGCCAUGCAGGUGAUGGUUUCCACUCCGCUCUGGUUCUACUGCCGUCAGAAGGGCCACUGCGGCAAGGGCAUGGUCUUCAGCAUCAACCCGACCGCCGAGAAGACGGCCGCGCAGUUCCAGGCGUUAGCUAUCCAGCAGGCCGGCAGCGGCACCGGGUCAGCCAUCACGGGCGGCGGCAACGCCAAUGCGACUGCCGGUGCCGGUACCGAUGCCAGCGCUAGCGCUAGCGCCAGUGCCAGCCCAAGUGCCAGUGCUGAUGCCGGUAACGUCGGUGGCGAUGCCGCGGCGUCCACUUCUGUGGAGGCUUCCACGCCUGCUGUCACCGAGGGGGCUACCGCCACGAGCGGCGGCAUCGUCACGGGCACCGGCACGAUUGGAGCCAAUGGGGCGUGCGUCUGCGCGGUGCAAUGCAGUGUCGGCGGGUUCCCUAAUGCGCAGAUGCAGGGGAGGGACAGCUUUGGUGGGUGGGGUGGCGCCGUCCCCGUGCCCGCGGUCGAGGCUGCUCGGUUCAGGGCAUAG